AUUACAUUGGUUGUCUUCUCGCGUUGACAUUGAAACCAAAACAGUUUCUUCCUCAAUAUCUCUUAUCACUUCACUCUGUGACCGCCAUUGAAAUUGUAACUUACAAACAAAUCGAUGGCCGACGAGAAGCAUAAGCCCAAAGCCGUGAUUGUGGGAGGGAGUAUUGCCGGAAUAUCUUCCGCUCACACUCUUAUUAAAGCCGGCUGGGAAGUUCAGGUCCUCGAAAAAUCCCCCUCGCCGCCGACCGCUUGUUCCACCGGCGCUGGACUCGGCCUCGAUCCUCUCUCUCAGAGGCUCCUCCAGUCCUGGCUUUCCCAUCCUGAACUUCUCCUCCAAUCCACUUCGCCCCUUACAACGGAGCAGAAUCGAGCAAUUGACGGAGAAAGCAAGAGGGGACGGAUCUUGAGUUAUGAUGAGAAUCUCAAUUUCAGAGCGGCACUUUGGACUGACCUCCAUAGCCUUCUAUACAAUGAGCUUCCACCUGAUAUAUUUCUUUGGGGUCAUCUUUUCCUUUCUCUUUCCAUUUCUGAUGACAAAACGUCUGUGAGAAUAAAAGCAAAAGUUGUGGAAACUGAUGAAAUCGUUGAAAUAGUUGGGGAUUUGCUUGUUGCAGCGGAUGGAUGUCUCUCUUCCAUUCGUCAAACAUUUCUUCCUGACUUCAAAUUGAGAUAUUCAGGUUAUUGUGCUUGGAGAGGGGUUUUUGAUUACUCAGAGAAUGAGAAUUCAGAGACUGUGAUAAACGUCCAUAAAGCGUAUCCUGAAAUUAGUAAAUCCGUGUAUUUCGACUUUGCAUCUGGUACUCAUUUUUUACUCUUUGAGAUUCCAAAGAAGAAGAUCAAUUGGCUUUGGUAUGUUAAUCAACCAGAACUCCAACUCAAGGCUAGAUCAAUGACCAUGAAAGUAAACGAGGAGAUUUUGAGGAAAUUGCACGAACAAGUGGACGAGAUUUGGGUCCCCGAGUUUGCAAAGGUUGUUAGAGAAACAAAAGAUCCAUUCAUCAAUGCCAUCUAUGAUUGUGAUCCAUUAGAACAACUAGUUUGGGACAAUGUGGUAUUGGUCGGAGAAGCAGCUCAUCCAACGACUCCUCAUUGUGCAAGGAGCACGAAUAUGGCGAUAUUAGAUGCAGCUGUUUUGGGCAAAUGCCUCCAAAAGUGGGGAGCACAAGGUCUAAAAUCAGCCCUUAUUGAGUAUCAAUCUCUUCGGCUUCCUGUCGUAUCUGCGCAAGUAUUGCAUUCCCGGCGCGCCGGUCGAAUAAAGCAAGGUUUGACACUUCCUGACUGUGAACCCUUCGACCCAAAUGUAGCCACUUCUAUACAAAACUUUCCAGAACUUCAAAUUAGAAAUAUACCUUUCAUUGAUGAUGUUCCUCAAGUGAUUGAUCUGGCAUAGCUAUCAAUAUGGUCUAUAAUGUCUGGAAUGCCAAAGCUAAAAAUAUGUUUAGUGGACUGUGCAGGUAGUUGUGUGAAGAUUUAAGGAAAGAAAAACCAUACUUCUCAUAAGGAAAAGAGAAGAAGAAAAUGUAGAUUAUGUUGUAUUGUAAAGCAUCAAAUAAAGUAUCUGAAAAUAUCUUUAGUUUGUGAUAAUUUGUGCUCUUUUGUCUUUUUUUACAAACAUAAUUUACAUCAUAAUUUAUUUUUUUAUCAAUCAA